GGACCAGGUAAACCUGCUCCUAAGGGACCAGGUAUAAACAGGUCGCACUUCCAGGGAAUGCCUGAUAACAUCACCCUCAAUAUGCCUCAGUUUGACCUCAGGCGGUCACAAAUGAGGAAAGAAGGGCCCCAAAUGCUGUUUCCGUUUAGUUCGAGCACCUGUUGUUCUCUCUAUUUUGAUGUAACUCAAUUCGGCUUUGAAAGCUCUGCAGUAUGCCCCAAAAACGUCCGCUGGUGCGACUCCGAUUCGAUGUACAUAGUGUCGUAUGACAUCCGUUUUACCGAGGAGAUUGUUGAUCAGUUGGUGACAAUUAAAAACUGACAUUGCGAUCCACCAGGAUGUGUUUUUCAAGUUCCACUUCCUCAAGAUAUCUGAUGGACAGCUUUCGUAUCGGUGUAAAUGGAGACGCUGUAUUACCGCCCUAUACUCGACACAAAUAUGGUCUCGAGCGCGUUCAAACUCAAGUCAUAACGCCGUCAGAGUCUAAACUCCCGCGGACCAGGCAUAAGGAUGCUUCGAAAUAGACAGCAGUCAGUGGCAAAAAGGAAGAUGAUAGGCCACUUGAAGGGCCAAAACUUCCUAUUAGCCAAUCAACAAGAGUUCCAUCCCUCCAGUCAACGUCAUGAGGCUGGGAGAAAUGAGUAUAAAAGCCAUCCCCUCCGGACUGAAGCCUCUCUUCAUCCCCUCGUUCCAAUCGCUAUCGUCUCGCAAAGCUCUUCCAGGCUCCCUACUACAUCAUGCAGUUCUCCACCAAGUCUGUCUUAUUUGCUCUCGCCGUCUUCCUUCCUCUCGCUUCGGCUGCUGCACUCCAAGAGCGUCAGGAAUGCAGGGCUGCCGCCGACAGUUGCAGCCGCAACAGCGACUGCUGUGGUUACCUCUGUGUUAUUGGGCUUUGUGUUUGAGACGUCGACCGUCUUCGUACCCAUUUGUUCGCCCAACUCUCUUUUAUUGUGUAUUGCGUCGCGUAUCUCCAAAAUAUAUAUAUACCAUAAC